AUGCCACCAAAAGUAAGACGAUCAAAAUCUCCCGACUCCCGGUACUUGUUCGUCAAUGAAGACGCUUCAACGGUGACCCGGACCACGAAGGACGUCGAACUAGACAGAACGAAACAGAGCCAUGUACAACGCCAGAAUUUCGCCCGCAAGCGCCGUCUGCGAGAGCAAUCCGAUCCCGCGCCGCAUGCAUGCAGUCAAAGCUCGAUCCCUCCCAGUCCGAUAGUGGCUGCGCCGGCAAGUUUGUUACCUCAAGAAGGGUCACUUGGCAACGCAAACUACUUCGACAUCCUACAGAACGUUGAUCUCGGAGACCCGUUAUUCCAGUCAACAAGCCCUCCGUCCAUCUCGCAAAGUCAUCUGGAUCCUCUGCUCUCGGCUCUCCUCUCCGACCCCUUCGCUGCCACGCCAAAAUCGCCUCCCACCACCUCACACACAGGUAGUCCCUAUGGAGCCUCGCAGCCAUAUCGUCCAGGUCAUUACUUCGACGUCCCGCCGUCAGGCUAUAACAUAUCUCAACCCUUGAGAAACCCAGGCGAGGUCACAAGCCCACCAACGCCAUUGGCCAGAGUCUCGAGCGUCCCGACCAGCACUCAUCGUGCACUAGAACAAUGGGCACCUCCUCUGAUACAGCACUACAAUACUGUUAUCCUUCCUGAAAAGUUCUGGAAAGAUACGCAAAAAGUCCCUCUAGCUCAAUUCCGGCAUGCUGCUCUGAUACAUGACGACAUGCGGGCAUGUAUGGCGGAACCGGCUCACAUGUACGCACUGCUAGCCACUGCAGCCGCUCAAAUGAUUGCUCGGGAAGGCAGACUCCUGUUAUCCAAUGUGUCGGAGGGAGAUACGCAAAGGGUACCUACAUUCUUCAAGACAAAGGCCGUCCAAGCCCUUCGCGCCAAACUAGGUAGCGGACAGCUCGACCACCACACCGCCGUGGACACCCACCGGCUCUAUGCUGCAUGCAUACAUGCGAACAAUGACGAAGCGGCCGAGCCUCAUUUUCAAGCCUUCAUAUUGAUGGUCGAAGCGCUCGGUGGUUUGAGCACUUUUGACGACUAUCAACUGGAAAGAUUUUACAUUCUAGAUUUUACUGCCGCGCUGCACCACCUCGGGAUUCCUCGUCUAAUCAUGACCCUGGAUCCAGGUCCACCACCAGAGGAGAUAUUGUCGCCAGUCGUGUCACAGAGCCCACGUCAGUUCCCAUCUGGCUCGAUGCUGGAGGCAUUUUUGGAGACCUAUCCUCAAUGCGUUGUCCUUUCAGAGAGCAUUAUGGAGCUAGUGGAAGUGGCCAGAGUAUCAGCCUGCUUGAACAGCUCCCCUCAUUAUUUUGAGCAAUACUACCGAUGGUUCAGCUGGCGGACUCUGAUCAUUCUACACAAAUUACUCUCAAUGCCUCUUCACUGUGAGGUGGACGAGAAGACUGACAGCGUGAGGAUCACGGCAGCUUUCUGGGUGGCCAUUCUUCGCUCACCAGCGGUAGGUCGCCGGACAGCAUCCAGAUCGGUCUCCAUCUUACAUGCGAAGCUGCAAAGCACAGAUCUCGGCACAUUGUGGCAUCCGCGCACUGAUUGUCUGCUUUGGAUCUCCGUCUUCGGCGGUAUCUGUUGCGCGGAAGAGGAGGAACUUGACUGGUUUGUACACCUUGCAAGGACUGUGGCUACCGAGAUCGGCCUGAGAAAUGCGAGGGAGUUGGAAGACCUUUUGAUGGCACUUCUUUACGACCCGCAUUCUCAGAAGGGUCUCGUCCUGGAGUUUGCCGCCAGGAUUUGGCCUAGCAGAUGA